GCUGAAUCAACUCUCUCUAAUACCUGUUCUUUCUCCUGUACCUUCCGCGACACUUGCUUUUUUCCCAAAGCACAAUUCCUGCUCGGAUAGCGAAGAAUUUCUGGGUUACCCCCUGAUACUGCUAUUACGCACUGAUCGGUCGCCAUGCGCGAGUCUAACUUUGCUUUUCCGGCUCAAAACAAGGCAUGCGUCUGUAUAAGUUCCCAAUUGUAUGACAGACGAGCGCUAGAUACGUCGUCGGCAUUGCCCUUGUUCAACUCGCUGACGCAUCUUACCUAUCUGACUUCGACGUCACCGCGAAUCCGUGAAAUCAUGACCAUGGAUGGUGGCCUUGAACGACUCGUAAAGAUUCUGCAUGAAUUCUGUCUCUGUCCACCGCCACCUGAAAAUCCGGCUCUCUUCUAUGGCCUGUCGCCGCCUAAUGCCCGGCCUCAGAAACUGAUUCCUGCUCUCAACCCACCAUCUUUCGACAAGCAUGCUGCCUAUCGCUUUUCUCUCGCCUUCCAGUGUGUUGUAAACAUAGGUGUACGUGGUAGUGAGCCCAUCCGAAGCCGUGUCGUUCAGGCGGGCACUCUUGAAGUUGUGGGAUGUAUUUUAGAAGCAUGGCUCGCUAAGAAAGGUUUCGCGGUCGGUCCGAGCUCUAGUGCGACGGGGCUACCUAGGGAGACUAGGGAGCAGAGACACGCUCGGAGGCAGGCGAUAGCUGAGCAGCGUCAGAGGGACGAGGCGGUUGAGCUGGCGAGGGCUUUGCAAAGGCAAAUCUCCGUCGAAACUUCGCAGUCCAAUACACCCGUAACAAGCGACACUGAUGUUGACACAUCCACUGAGGUAUCUACGACCGUGACGCCUCUCGGAUCUAAUACUCCCACUGGCAGUGUUAUAGUCCCAGGUCGAGAUCGUAGUGGAACUAUCAUUGCUCGGCCUGUAUGGGAUCCAGCGCCCCCAGUGAGGGCUCCAAACCCAGGGGGUGUGGCGCGACCUACGCCGGUCCCGGGCACUCGACGGCGCUCUCGAGCUUCUCCAUCACCUUCAACUUCCACAGAUACCUCCCGUGCCGAAACAGAAACCGAAGACGACGGUGACAUCGACAUGGACCAACCGUCACGCGCUGCGGAUGAUGAUCCAUCAACAUCGACAUCUGCGUCAGCUUCUCCGUCCCCAGAACGCCAUUCUCAUCACGGAUCGCUUGGGCGUCGUGCGGUUGGCAUAGUAUCUGACGCACCUGUGACGCAGGUGGACUUGAACACGGAUGCACAUAUAAUCAUCAACGACGCACGAAGUGAGGUCAUGGUCGGGGGAGAUGGCGGUGUCGAGGAAGGUAUCGUGUCAUUGGAGCAGAACGACGAUUUUGCGAUGGGAGCUCCUCCCGGUGCUCCGGGUGCUAUAGAUGAGCCUACUCAUGUAGGUAUGAGAGAACCGACAAGGAGGCGGACAGCAGACGCACCUCCGGAAGCUACACCUCGGCCAGGGACAGCUCCCCUUCCUUUGCCUCGCGGGCCCAUACAACGUGGUGGAACCGUUCGAGGGAGAACUGAUGCCGCUGGUGGUACCGAGGUUGGAGGCCCGGCGCGCUCAAGCCAUCACCAUCACCAUCAUCGAGAUGCUGAGUCCGGUCCUUAUAGAGACGAGGAUGUUCUGCUCAGCUUGCAGCUUCUUGCAUACUUGAGCAAAUACCCCCAUGUUAGGCAAGCGUUUUAUGAGCCCAGAUUGACGUUCCAUCCAGCGAGCGCGAAUUUAUCUGGUGGGCGAUAUGGUUCUACUUCGACAUCGCCUGCCCCGUCUAUCAAAUCGACUCCCUCAUCGAGUACAUUGACACCAUCGUCGGCGUCAGGAUCGUUCUUCAGGGCUUUCAGGGGAAGGGACAAGGAGAAGGAGAAAGCACCACCUGUAGUUCCGCCGGCUCCUUUGGGUAGCCCAAGGCAAACAAACGUGUUCUCGCUUGUAGAACGGUUUACGUUUAGGCCCAGUUCGACGGAGACUGAUAUGCCUAAUCCUCCUCCGCGUUUACCUCCGGAGAUUCAAUACUGGGCUGGAGUUAUUAUGAGGAAUGCGUGUCGGAAAGACGAGAGUCGGGGUGGGAUACGACAAUGUGCUAAUAUGCUAUGUGGUCGGUGGGAAGAGUACCCCAGAGAAUUCGCUAAGUGUCGACGGUGUAGGAAGGCCAAGUAUUGCGGAAAGGAAUGCCAGAGUACAGCUUGGAGUGAGGGUCAUCGGUUCUGGUGUAGCGCGAAGGACGCAGAUGACGACGAUUCCUCAAAUCCUCUGUCCGGGCCUGCGCCUGGCAAUGAUGGGAAUGGAGGGUCGGCUGGGGAAGGGGGUGGCGGCAGUACUGCGCGCAGGUCGAGGACACUUGGAAAUGCUGGAGCAGCUCCGCCCGGUGGAGGAGGAGGCGGCGGCAGUACAAGACCUACUGGUGGAGCACCGAGAACUGCUGGUGGUGGUGUUCAUCACCCUACUGCCAGCGCCAUAUUUGUCGGGCAAGGAGAUCCCAGACCGGUUCAGAUACCAGUGAUAACGUAUCGACCCAGAAGGGAAAGGCGACUGCCGGCAGAUGCACUUUUGAACGUCCUGAACGAAGAUGAAGAUGCAAGAAGAAGGGCUGAAGCCAAUCAGACAGCGGCAGUCGCCCAGGAUGUCAUAGGUAUACGAAGACCGCCAGGACCUGGCCCCCAUUCACAGUUACAAGGGCUCGUGAGACCAGAUAUUGACCUCGAUAUGGUAUUGGGUUGAGGGCUUCAACAUCGGAUUCUCCUUUCUUUCUUCUUUCCUGGUUUAUAAUCUGCUCGAUGUCUCUUCUUUUUCCAUGUCUUUAUCUCGCAUAAGCAUAUCGUAUACAGCAGCUGCAUGUUCACCCCACCAUUUCCUUGUCUGUCACCUCUUUCUCUUCAUCUAGUCAUCGUAAUGAUCAUUCUUCUUGUCCGUGUCCCUCCUUUUCGUCGAGUAUUAUGUUAGUUUUACUCACGUCAUAUCACAUCGCUACGUAGGUACAGUCUUUUUAGUCUGCUAAGUAUAUACGUCAUGUCAGUUUUUCCUUCCCAUUAAUUUAUUCAGGCGUUGAUGACCAUAAACGGA